UGCUGGAGGUGCGCAUGCUCCAUGCCAUCCACGGUGGGGGUGGGAGAACAAAGCUGGUGUUUCUGCUGCUGCUGCCUCCGUGUGAACCAGGGUCGGUGGCCUUUGAGGUGGUGGCGGUGUAUUUCACCACAGAAGUGAGGGCUCUGGUGGACCCCACUGAGAGAGCCCUCUACAGAGACAUCAUGCAGGAGAACUAUGAGAAUGUGACCUCACUGGGAGCCUCUUUGAAAUUGAGUGUCUGUGACAUGAACCACAGUGCAAUCUGGAGUAUUGAACAGCUGUUUCCUCUCAGUUUUGCAAGCUGGGGUGCCUUUUACACUGCUUUACUGUGAGAGCAGCCACUCCCGGGCAGUUAACGCACAGUCUCCGGCAUGUAACUCAAUCCCAGCCACACAGUAUUGGGUGCUGCUAAUCAGCAACUCACGAAUUGCAGUACCCCACAGGAGAACCCCAGAAAAUUCUCUGGUCCCAGACUUCCCCCAGAAAUAUGCAUCUUGCACUGUCCAGCACACUACUGAACAACGCAAGCUCAUAUGAAGACUAUCAUUUCAUCAGUGGAAAAUGACAUGCGCCAGCCUUGUUAUUCCAAAUGGAGUUUCCAACACACUUUAAUCUAAACACACUCGUUAGAUAAACAAUAAACCAAGAUUAUUAACUACCGGGAAAAAGAAGAUUUCAAGUGACUAAGAUAGUGAGGCACAAAAGUCAGAAUUGGUUACAAAAGAAAUACAAGAUAAAAACUAGCGUCUAAGUUAACAAGCUGAAACGGCUUGAAAGCAAAUAUUUCUCACCAUGUGCUGAGACAGGCUGGUUUUCCUUUCAGCCAGGACUCCCCCAAACCCGCCCCUGCUGUCCAAGUUCAGCUCUUCAGGAGUUAUCAUGAGCAGAGGGAAAGGGGAGAGAGAGAGACUCAAGCAUUUUCCUCACCUUUUGGUAAUUCAGUCCUGUAUUAGAAACAGCUUCAGUCUCAACUGAGUCAUGGUGACAGGCUGUCUGUUGAAGAUACGAGUUUCAAGUGUCCCUGUGAUGGAAUGUAAAUGUCUUCUUCAGACCUUCCCCCACCACAGAAUGACUAUUUGACCAGCUUUUUGCCUUGCUGUCUCUGAGGAACUGCUCUGUGGUUGUUCUCCAGAAUUGUAAAUUUUCAGUAGUAAUAUACUGUAAAAUCUCAUUUACAUACAAUGUUGCUACACAUUUUAACAGGAGGAUAAUAUUCAGUAGAUUGUGUUUUCAAAUGAUACCUCACAAGCCAUACUAUGUACAAAAUUGGUCAUAAUUUUUUAGAAGAGUGAACCUAGGGGUACAGACUGACACCAUGUCUGUCUGUGUGUGUUCCCAGCAGAUAUGUGGGUAUUUCAAUCCCUUAGAAGCAAAGUGUUUGGCAUCUUCAGUGACCUGGGAAGCUAGCCCUGGGGAUUCACCGUUUUACUAAGUGUGACACUGUAUGGAAUUGUGUGAUACUUUGUAUUACUGUUAUUUUAUUAAUAAAAUUAUUGCAAUGAAUUGUGCUGGAUAUGCCA